UAUUAUACACAACCUAUAACUUUAAACAUGUUAAAAUUCUUAUCCUUUGUUUUAUUUUGUAACAUUAAACUAGCACAAUUAUGAUAUUAUAUAUUAAGACUAAAUGAAUAUUAAAAAAUGAAAAAUCAGUUACAAAAAAAACAUUACAACAGUAAACUAACACAAUUAUAGUAUUAUUAAUUUAUUUAGGAUUUAUAAAUAUUUUAACAGUAUAAUUUGUUACCAAACAAAACCUAUAUUUUAUCAUGGACUUCUAUUAAAAUAAAAUGCUUGAACCCAUGGUAACUACCUAUUACAAUUUUUUUUGAUAAAACCUAUCAGCUGAUCUUGUCGGCUCCGGGAGUGCUACAGAAUGGAUUGGCUAUCAUACUGUCUGACCCGAAUUUGGUAUACUUACCAACAAAUGUUAGGGAGUUGACCGAUCAUCUGUUACGAUCCACUAUGUAAACUACUUGAGGCGAAACCCAAAUCCAGACUGAUCAGAUAAUGAUAAUUUAGUUAAUCGAACCAAGGACUGAUGUGAAUACACACCAAUCCCCAAAAGAUUGCUACUAGGCUAUCACCACUUGGUUAAUUCCUUAGUACUUUCACGUGUUAAAAGUGAUCUUUACAUCUUUGUAAAGAUUUUUACAAAAAAACAUCUUUGUAAAGAUCAGAACCUCGAAUUCCUGUUUUAUCUAUUUACCUUAAAUACGAGCUUCGUUGUUGAUGUUUAGUACUAUCAGAUAAAGCCACAAUCGAAGCAAUCAUACUAAACAGGUCACUAAAACAAGUUUCAAAGAUAACAAAGACAUUGACCAAAAAAAAAAAAAAAGCUAACAAAGACAAAAGGCAAAGCUACUCAAACAAAUUUUUAAGAAAUAAAUCUUUGAAUUUUGGUAAUCGUUAUGGAUACUAACAUAAUCAAUUAAAAAAAAAAGUGACUUAACCCUAGGAUCACUGGUGUAGUCUAAUACACACAAAUCUUAACAAACAUUAAUUAUUUUAGACAUUGGUUUCCAUUGGCUUAGCAUACUAAGCACAUUAUGAUAGUUAUUGAACCAUUUCAUCAAUCACAUUCCUGACAUGAAAUCACGUAAAUUCUAGAUCCACAUGAUCAAAGCCAACCUAGCAUUAAAAACAUCUCAUAAGUAAGAAAUAACUAUAAUAUCGCUCUAAGCAUCAUAAAUCAUCUCUUAGUCAUUUUAAUCUACCUAAUUAAAUAUCUAGGAUUGUCAACUCACUAAUUAACCUGAAAACAUAAAUACGCAUGAGGAUACUUUGUUUAAUAAUGACAGAGAAGAUGGAGAAAAGGAUCUUAGGUUUGUACAAUGGAGAAAAAGUUAACAAGAUGAAAUUCCAUAAAACGUAGAGACAAAUAUCAAGGAUCUUAGGUUUGUACAAUGGAUAAAACAUAGCUAAGCCAUUAGCUUAAACAAAUAUUUAAAGGGGUCUUAAAAAUUAAGAGAAUGGAUCGAGCCAAAACACGAAUCAAAUCUACAAAUAUGGGUAAUAUAGAAUGGUCACAAUAGUCAGAUUCAGAUUACAACAGUCUCCAUGUGAUCGCCUAGGUUGGUCCGACACAAUGUUCUUUGGGUGGUAGAUGUCGCGACUGUGAUCCUAGUAAUCCAGCUCACUGUGGAGCAGUCAUCCCAUCGGUGUUCAUAGACCUGCUGUGGAAGGUCAAUGUAGCACCACAUUAAAUGUCUUUUAUCUACUUAUUAUAAUUAUAAAAAUUGUGUUAAUAUUUUGAUGGCUUAUAGUGGGUUUUCCAAUAUUUUUUUAAAAGUUAUCUUUUUAAUAAAUUUCUAAGUAUAUGAAUAACUUUACAUGAAAUCAAUUGCUUUUCAUCUAAACACCCUCUAAAUGUAUAUCUGCAAAUCACAAUGUACUUAAAGUGUAUAGUAAAUAUUUGUUUAGCUGAUAAAAAUAUAUAAUUAAUUAUUAUAAUGAUUUACACACUUAUUUGCAUUAAUUUACUAAAACAAAAACAAAAUCUAUAGAAAAGAUCAACUCUAAUUAUUUGCCACGUUGUGUCUGUUUGCAGUUUGCUUACCAAUAGAGGAAGAAAUAAAUUUAUUGGAAAAGCCAUUAUAAGCCACCAAAAAACAUUAAAUAUAAUUUUCUGCAAAUAUAAAAUUAAAAAAUAGACAAAAGACAUUAAAAGUCAUUCGAGAAAAAACCCCAAUAAAAAGCAUCUUCAUUCACUGUAUGUAUAUGUAUAUAUAUAUACCUCUCUUCUCCCACAAACUUCACAAACGUAACCUCUCGAGUUCCUCCCUCUUGUAAUAAAUAAAUAGUUUUCUUUUGUUUUGUCUAAAUGGCGCCGCCGACGACAGGUAAAACGGCGGCCGUUAAAACAAACAACAGCGACGGCGGAAAGAAAGAAAACCGUUAUAGAGGAGUGAGAAAGAGGCCACGGGGUCGUUACGCCGCGGAGAUCAGAGAUCCGGUGCAGAAGGCUCGAGUCUGGCUUGGCACUCCCGAAGCAGCGGCUCGUGCCUAUGACAAAGCCGCUGUUGCUUUUCGCGGGGCAAAAGCCCAAACCAAUUUCCCUCGACCUUCCUUGGUCGACAACGAGAGUCCGAACCAAAGCAGCACCGUCGGAUCAUCCUCGACGAUCACCAAUCUCAAUCUUGACACCAGGUUCCCUUUCCCGAAGAUUCAGGUCAAGUCUGGGAUGAUGGUGAUCGAGGAGUCGGAAGCGUCAUCUGUGGUGAUGGACCGUAGUCCACAGAAACCAUCACGCGUGCCCUUGGAUUUCGAUCUCAAUUUCCCUCCAACGCCUGAUAAUUAAUAAUAGCAUUGGACAUUUAUAAUUUUUAGAUGAAAUUAAUGUUCAUAAAUAUCUGAAUUGAAUAUUUGAUAAACUGGAGAUCAUGAAGCUUGUAGUACAUCAUAUAUAAGUUGGUGCCUUCUUUUGUCAGCAGAAAGUUUGAAGAAUCCCUUACUUAUUAAUACAGAAGCAUUUUAAUAGAGUAACCUUAAUUUUGUAAUUUAUUCACAAGUUUGCCAUUUUAGCUUACGUGGCAUCACCAUAAUUCUUCUCAGCUCAUCAUUAAAAUCACCCUCUAAUUACUAGACAUAUUACAUAAAUUGCCAUUGGUACCUUUCUAAUACAUAUUAUAAUCUUAUAUGAUACUACCAUGAGCGGCUCAUCUCUUUCUUUCGAUCUAGGUUUGCCCUUCUUGGGCCUUUAUGUUAUAUAUUUUUGUUGUUGUUUUCUUUGGGUCUUUUUGGGCCUGGUUUGUACAGAAGUUUGGUUGAUAAAACAUCAGUUGACAAAAAAAAAAUAACUAAAACGAGGACCCCUCAUCAUUUUCUUUCAAGUUUCUAAUAUCAACAUUAACCAACAUCAUCAAUUGCAAACAAAAUUGAUAAUUUCGUACUUCAUCAGGCUUCGUAUAACAUUUCCUUACUACUAAGUCUAUUGUUUACCUAUACCAAAAAAAAAGAUUCA